AUGCUCACAUAUGUUGCCCUAACUCACGGCAUGCAUCAUCCAUCUCCCACAGCUAUCACGCGCAACGGUACUAUCCGCGGCGUCUACCUCCCCUCCUUCCAGCAAGACCUCUUCCUGGGAAUCCCCUACGCCCGAGCCCCGCGGCUAGACAAUCCCAAGCCCAUCAAUACCACCUACGAUCAAGACGCCCCAUUUGACGCCUCCCGCUACGGAAACACCUGCUACGGCUUCGGCUCCAACGAACUCCUGGGCCUGACUCAAAGCGAGGAUUGCCUGAAUCUGAAUAUCAUCCGACCCGCCCCAGCAAAAGGCUCUUCCGCAGACCCAAUGUGGAAUCUGUCCUAUAUUGUGCAACGAUCUGUACAGGAGGAACAGCCCCUCCUCGCCGUGAGUGUAAACUACCGUCUAUCCUUCCUCGGCUUUCCAGGCGGACGCGAAGCGCAAAACGCCGGGGUGACGAAUCUGGGAUUCAAAGACCAGCGAUUGGCUCUGGCGUGGAUCCAAGAGAACAUCGUCGCAUUCGGCGGUGACCCGUCACGACUCGUUGCCUAUGGAGGCCGCGGUGGUGGGGAGCUGUUCAGGGGUGCCAUUGCAGUCAGUGGGUUCGUUACGGGGGCUGCGUUGCCGAAAACAGACGAGAUGCAGGCUGGAUUUGAUAAGCUAGUUGGGAUGGCAAAUUGCACGAUGGCAGAGGAUAAGCUUGAGUGUCUUCGUGGAACCUCGUUAUAUAAUCUCUAUCCCAUUGAGGGGAGCAUCGGAGUGGAGUGGGGUCCGGUGAUAGAUGGUGACUUUCUGCAGAGACCUCCUGCUUGGGAGAUUCGGGACGGAAAUUGUGUCCGUGUGCCUCUUCUCUUAGGCAGUAAUUCGGACGAGGGUUUGAUAAAAGUGACGGCGUCGGGAUACUUUCCCAACAGAACGAAUGAAACUACGGUCUUACUCGAGACCAGCUUCCCUCGCUUACAACAUUCUGUCAUCAAGCAAUUGCUGGAUCUCUACCCAGAGGACGGAAAAAGAGAAGCCCCACCCUACUCCCUCUCUCCAGACUUCGCCUGGUGCCAGGCAAUGAAUGCCGUCAGUCUCCCCUGCGGCUCUCAAUAUCGCCGCUCCGCCGCUAUGCUGGGCGAUUACGUCUCGCAUGCGCCCCGACGGUAUAUGGCCCAACUAUGGUCUAGACUCGGUCUGCCGACGUAUAGCUUCCACUUCAAAGCAGCCACGACUGGGAUCCCGAUACAGUAUUUCUACGGUCUAGGGCCUGGAUUUGCGAACCAUGGGGCUGAGUUGGCAUAUGAGAUGGGAUUGCCGGGGGGCAUAAGCACGCCGAUUCAGUUCUAUCCACCGGCGAAAAAUGUUUCAGGACAUAUUGCUUUGUCAAAGGAAAUGAAUCGACGGUGGAUUGCAUUUGUGUCGAGGAAAGAUCCGAAUGAGUUGAGAGAUAGGAAUUUAUCACUUCAGUGGAGGGAGUAUAAUAUGUCAACAUCGAAUUUUGUUUUUGAUGCUACUGACGAGGACCUCAAUUUGCAUGUCGAGACAGACGACUAUCGUCAACAAGCAUGCCAAAUAUGGAUGGACAAUGUCGCGCACACAGAUUAUUCUGAUCAUGUGCCACAGGAGACUUGA